AAUUGGUUUAAGCGGUUGUACAGUUUGUGCCUCAGCACAAAACAAGCUUCCGUCACAAGCAAGCUACCACAAGACAUGGCGAAGGUUGCGAGCGUACCCGCCGAGGAUGCCGUUGCAGCAGACGUGGAGCAGCAGAUCGAGGCGUCGGUGCUCCGUACUGCAGAAAUGUUCGCGCUGACCAAGCGCAGCGCCUCGUCAGCUUACGACUACGCGCCCAGCAAAAAAGUGCGUGUGCGUACCAAACUGAACGACGCCUACCUGUUUGAAUUCCCUGACGCGCUGCUGGAGCCAAAGGCAGCGGCUGAAACUGCAGACUUGACACCCACGCCUUCCGAAGCUGCUGCGCUUGCUGCCCCUGGGCCUGCUCCAGCUCCGGCUGAUGUGGUCAUGGGAGGCCACCCGGUGCCUUCAGCGCCUGGUGUUUCAAUCGAGGCUGAGGACUCUACAACAGCAGACAAGCCUUCAUUCGUGGAUCAAGUGGCGAAAGAGACAGAGGAAGAGCUGGCACUUAAGAAGCGAAAAAUUGCGGCGUCAAAUAUCAAUGGAGAUGCCUCCUCGGCGGUUGUAGAGUACAAGAAGCAGACAGAGACAGCAGCUCAGUUCGGAUCGAGCGCCAUUGUCCGUCGUCGUGCGACACAGGUGUCCAAGCCCAAGUGGCACGCUCCGUGGAAGCUCAAGCGCGUGAUUGCAGGACAUCUGGGCUGGGUGCGCUCGAUCUCCGUGGAUCCUACCAACGACUGGUUUGUGACGGGCUCUGCUGAUCGGACGAUCAAGGUUUGGGACUUGGCCUCGGGACAGUUGAAGCUCACGCUCACAGGCCACAUCAAUGCUAUCCGUGGCUUGGAAGUGAGUCCUCGCCACCCGUACCUCUUCUCGGCUGGAGAAGACAAAAAAGUGCUAUGCUGGGACCUCGAGUACAACAAGGUGAUUCGGAGCUACCACGGCCACCUGUCGGGUGUGUUCUCACUAAAAGUGCACCCUACGCUGGAUAUCCUCGUCUCCGGCGGUCGUGAUGCCGUCGCUCGAGUAUGGGAUAUGCGAACGAAGAACCAGAUCCACGUGCUUUCUGGCCACCAGGGCACUGUGUGGGCCAUGGAGACGCAAGCGACGGAUCCGCAAAUUAUCACGGGCUCCAGCGACAGCACUAUCAAGUUGUGGGAUCUUGCUGCCGGCAAGGUGAUGACGACGCUGACUAAUCACAAGAAGGCGGUUCGUGCCGUCACAAAGUCUCUGUUGGUAAGUUAUAGGGAUGGUCGAUGUCGUGUCUAGCGGAUUGAUACUUGAUCUUAACUUUCGAUCUCCUGUUGGCAGGACCAUACGUUUAUCUCAGGUGCCACAGACAACAUGAAGAAGUGGGAGGCGAAGGGAGGCCGUUUCCUGCGCAACUUCUCGACGCACAACGCUAUCAUCAACUCGAUUUCGAUCAACCAGGACGGUGUGAUGGCCUCAUGUGGAGACAACGGAUCGAUGCGCUUCUGGGACUACCAGACCGGAUAUUGCUUCCAGAGCGACUCGACGAAGGCGCAGCCCGGCUCCCUGGACAGCGAAACCGGCAUCUUUGCAUCCACGUUCGACAAGACAGGCCUGCGCUUCAUCACGUGUGAGGCGGACAAGACCAUUAAGGUGUGGCAGGAGGACAGCUCUGCGUCAGAAGAAUCGCAUCCGAUCGACAUGGCCCAAUGGACCAAGGAUUUCACAGCGCCGAAGAGGUACUAAGACAAUCAUUGACGCUGUAAGUUGCCAUGCUGCAUAAUACCGAUGUUAAACAACGCCUUGCGUCAUGUUUUCCCGAACUUCGAAAUCCCAAAAGUCAAGUGAACGAUUAUACCAUGAGCAUUCUCCUACUAUUACUACUACUACAACUACUACUACCCCAGAUACUAAAGCUACUACUAAUUAUUUCACUACUACUAGCACUACUACUUCGAAACAGCAACUACUACUUCAACAAUUUUAGCUACCAUGCCAUUACUACUUACAAUACUCUCAACUACUAUUCAUACAUACUACAUCAUCAAAAUAUUCAAGAGUUCAUUUAGGUUGGCGGUUUCCGAAUCAGAUUCA